GUUACUGUAACUCUGGAGCGGAAGUCAAGGAUCACAUGUCUAUUUUCUCUCGGUUAGUCAGCCCGAGCAGCCACCUGCUCCCAUCAAUCACAGUAGAGGACAUCUGAGUUUUUGCCAUUCCUCCAGCAUGGUAGCUGAAGAAAGCGACUCACCAUGAAGCUCCUAGUUUCUCUGUUUGCUGUAUUUGUUCUUGGCUUGGCUCCAGAGUGCCAGGGGCGGAAUGAAGAGGAGCGCCUCAUUAACUUCCUGUUCAAAGAGCGCCGCUAUAACAAGGAGCUCCGCCCAGUGGAGAAAAAAGACGAUGUGGUGCCAAUUAACCUGGGCAUGACACUCUCAAACCUCAUUUCCCUGAAAGAAGUAGAUGAAACACUCCUGACAAAUGUAUGGAUGGAACAUGGGUGGGAUGAUCCAAGGCUUUCAUGGAAUGCAUCAGAGUUUGAUGGGAUUGCUGAGCUGCGUUUGCCCGCUAGUAUGGUCUGGCUGCCAGACAUUGUUUUGGAGAACAACAAUGAUGCCCAGUUCCAAGUGGCAUACUAUUCCAACGUAGUGUUAUAUGAAUCAGGGUUCAUAUACUGGCUGCCCCCUGCUAUAUUCCGAAGCUCAUGCACAAUCAAUGUCAACUACUUUCCCUUCGACUGGCAGAACUGCUCACUUAAGUUCAGCUCUUUAACCUACAAUUCCAGGGAGAUCAGCAUGCAUCUGAAAACAGAUGUUGAUGAAAAAGGCAACAGUUACACUGUAGAGUGGAUUGUUAUCGACCCUGCUAGUUUUACAGAGAAUGGAGAGUGGGAAAUCAUUCACAAACCAGCCAGGCGAAAUAUCUACAGCAACAUCCCGAAGGAGAGCAAUAAGCAUCAGGAUAUUACUUUUUAUCUGAUCAUCAAGCGCAAGCCGUUGUUCUAUAUCGUCAACAUCAUCAUUCCCUGUGUGCUCAUCUCCUUCAUGGCCUCGCUGGUCUACUUCCUGCCUGCGGACAGUGGGGAGAAGAUGACUCUGUCCAUCUCUGUGCUUCUGGCCCAGUCUGUGUUCCUGCUGCUGAUCUCACAGCGUCUGCCUGAAACAUCAAUGGCGGUCCCCUUAAUCGUCAAAUAUCUAAUGUUCAUCAUGGUGCUGGUUACAGUGGUGGUGCUGAACUGUGUCAUCGUGCUGAACCUCCACUUCCGCACUCCCAGUACUCAUAUCAUGUCUGAGUGGACCAAAGACUUCUUCCUGGUGAGGCUGCCCCGCAUGCUGUUCAUGUCCCGUCCUGCUGACGAUGAGCCCAAAUGGGACGGUGCCCUCCAGCGGCGCUCCAGCUCUGUGGGCUACAUCGCCAAGGCAGACGAGUACCACUGCGUCAAGUCCCGCAGUGACCUCAUGUUUGAGCGCCAGUCAAAGAGACAUGGCCUGGAGACUCGUAUCACACCCUCAAUUUCAAAACCUGGUGAUGACGAGGUGACCCAGCAACUCUUCACUGAGAUUAAACCUGCCGUCGAUGGAGCCAAUUACAUAGUCAAGCACAUGCACGACAAAAAUGACUACAAUGAUGAGAAAGACAGCUGGAGUGGGAUAGCCAGGACAGUGGACCGUCUCUGCUUCUACCUGGUCACUCCGGUCAUGACGGUUGGGACCAUCUUCAUCUUCCUGACGGGCAUGAUCAAUCACCCUCCCCCACUGCCUUUUGAAGGAGACCAUCAUAACUACCUGGAGGAGAAUAAACGUCUUAUAUGAACAACCUUUCUCCUGCAAAUGCAUGAGUAUUACUGGCAGGUUAAACUAUUUAUCAUCAGUUGGUUUUAAAAUUGUGGUGAAUUGGUAAAUGCAUGAUGCGUUAAGUUG